UGGCGGUACGCCUUCGUAUCGACUCGGUCGGUCGGCAAUAAAAUCAUAUACUCUUUGUUAAUAGAGUAUAUUACAAUUAUUACUCGUUAGUAAAGUUUUCCACGCCACGACAUUAGAAACUGCAUUUGAAAUACUCAUCAGACUAGUAAUGGGCGACCCAAACGUGGAACGCACUUUCAUCAUGAUCAAGCCCGACGGUGUGCACCGAGGCCUCGUCGGCAAAAUCAUCAAACGGUUUGAAUCCAAAGGUUUCAAAUUGGUAGCCAUGAAGUUCAUGUGGCCUUCGGAACAAUUGAUGAGGGAACACUACUCUGAUUUGUCCAACAGCCAGUUUUUCCCAGGUUUUAUCAAAUACAUGUUGUCAGGACCCGUUAUACCAAUGGUAUGGGAAGGAUUAGACGCCGUCAAGAUUGCACGUUUCCUCCUCCGCGCAACGAACCGGAAGGAUGCCAACCCUGGUACUGUCAGAGGAGAUCUUUGCACUCAAACCGAACAUUCAGGCCCUAAUGUAAUUCACGGAGCAGACGCCGUGGAAGCCGCCGAAAGAGAAAUCGGUCUGUGGUUCACAGAAAAAGAAAUGGUCACUUGGACGAGAACUGUCGAUACUUGGGUUUACGAAUAAACUUCGUUUACUGUCCAAAAAUAUUUGUUUGCUAAUUAUUUAAAGUUUUAACAAAAAAAACUAUUUUACGGUUAUGUUUCACUGCAUUUUUUUAAAUAAUAGAU